AUGAUGCGCUCGUAUCUCCUCGCCGGCCUUCUGACCGCGCUCUGCAACCCAGCCCAGGGCCUGGUGUUCAGCGACAGAAUCAAGCAAGAUUUCGACGGCAAGACUGUCCAGCUCCUCCACGGUGUUGAGGAUCCCACAACCGUGCAAUUCGGGCCCGAGUCGAAAGCCGCGGAUCAGGCCUGGGAAUUCAACACCGAGGGAUACGAUGAUGAUACCGCUCUGAUCCGACCCAAAGACACCAACCACAACCUCAUCUGCCUGGAGGGCAGCAAGUGCAUCUUGGAUCUUGAGGGAAAGCCACAGCCCUACCGGGUCAUCAGAGUUUCUGAGGAUCCUAUCUUCACUUUCCAGGAUAUUGAAUCUUCGCUCUACGUCUCUCGGGCAGAGGAUCUGACCCUGGAGUUGACCCCGGUCCAGGAUGAUAACAUCUAUUUCCGUCUGGAAACUACCCGACAUGACCACGACGAGGCUUAA